AWGAGGGGAAGUCUGUUCCAAGUUCCAAGAUGGAGUUCGUGGAGUAUAUUAAAUCUCCACAAGUUGACAAUGCUUUUCUUAAGCGAAGGCAUGGAGAUUACGUAGAAGGAACCUUGUGCAUUACUGGACAUCACAUCAUCUUCUCUUCAAGAAAAGACCACAAGGAAGAACUCUUUCUUUUGCACAGCGCCGUUGAAAGCUUAGAGAAACGGAUCAUCACUGGUCAGGUUGGCAUCAUGACAAUAUGUUGCAAGAACUUUGACUUGUUUAAGAUGAAGUUUCCAAACACAGAGGAAAUGUUUAAUGUGGCAUCAUCAAUUGAAGCUCUGUCAGUCAUCGACAAUAACAACCUCAAAUAUCCAUUUUUCUACCGUCACUUACAAUCACUCGACGAGGAUGGAUGGGACAUGUUUAAUACAGAGGUAGAGUUUUCACAGAUGUGCAUGUCAACACAGAAUUGGAGGAUAUCGCAUAUCAAUGCUGAUUACAAGACAUGUCCUAGCUAUCCAGCCAGUGUGAUUGUUCCCGCAUGCAUCACUGAUGAUGAGAUCAAAGCAUCAGCUCAAUUUAGACAUGGUGGUCGAUUUCCAGUCCUUUCCUAUUAUCAUAAACCAACAGAGGUUUCAUUAGUACGUUGUGGUCAGCCAUUGAUAUCAGGUGUUGUCAAUAAAAGAUGUAAAGAGGAUGAGAAACUUGUGAAUGCUGCAYUAAAYACACAGAAAAAAGGAAUGAUUGUCGACACCAGAACCCCAACAGCACAGCUUAAUAGCAGAGGCAAAGGUGGUGGUAUUGAACCAGAAUCCAACUACCCACAAUGGAAAAGAGUUAACCACAACAUAGAAAAAUACUCUGGYCUCAAUGAUGGUAUAGCAAAGCUUGUUGAAGCUUCACUAGACCACAAUUUGAGCAUGAAUUCCUGGCUGUCAAAACUAGAGUCAAGUGGUUGGUUGGAUCAAGUACAAUGCGUCUUAUCAAGYGCUUGUUUUGUAGCUAAUUGUUUAGAUAAAGAAGGUGUCCCAGUACUGAUCCAUGGUGACUCAGGUUGUGAUGCAACCCUUCAAGUYACAUCUUUAGUUCAGGUUAUGUUGCAACCAAGUUGCAGAACACUUAGAGGUUUUCAGGGAUUAAUCGACAGGGAAUGGCUACGAGCAGGCCACCCCUUUGCCACCAGGUGCAUUAAAGUUGGCGUAUCACMAAACAGAUAUAAAGGACAAGGACCAGUGUUUUUAUUAUUUUUGGAUUGUGUUUAUCAGAUCUAUCAGCAGUUCCCUUGUUCAUUUGAAUUCAAUGACAAAUUCUUGUUGUUUGUCCAAGAACAUGUUUACUAUUCGCAAUUUGGAACAUUUUUGUGUAAUAAUGAAAUGCAGCGCARCAGUAUCGAGCUUAAGGAAAAUACAGUGUCUUUAUGGUCAUACCUCAAUCAAGAUAGUGUUUAUUCGUCCAUGCUAAAUCCAAUGUAUGAGAUGAAUGUAUCUCCCAUUCAUCCCUCCAUUGUUCCACAAAGUUUGGGUCUUUGGACUGGAGUGUUUGCAAAAUGGCAAAGGUCACUUGGGAAUGAAGAACACUUCUGGAAAGAAGUCAAACGUGUACAAACAGAAAAUAAAGAACUGAAAGAUAAAGCUAUAUCCCUAAGAAGAGAAUAUGCUGAGCUACAAUCCARUGUUAUGGAACACUUAGGUCUCCAAUAAUUAUUAAUAAAACAUUAAUAACAAUUUUCAACAAUGAAUGCAUAUCAUUAAGCAUUUCAACACAAACAUUAGAAGAUUCGAGAGUAGACAAAAUCAAAUAAUAUUACAUUCAAAGCCAUCAAAGAAAUAUAACAAAUAAAUGCAAUAAAAUACUUUACAGACCUC